UACAAAAUUCAAGAUGGCGGCCAACUUGGAGAGAAUACAGCAACAAAUGCAAACGGAACUUGAAAAGUUCAAAGCCGUUCAGAAAGAUCUGCAGAAAUUAAUCAACACAAGACAGCAAUUAGAUGCUCAGCUGAAUGAAAAUAAAGUUGUGCAAGAGGAACUAGAUAUAAUUGAACCUGAUGGAAAUGUCUACAAACUCACAGGACCUGUACUGGUCAAACAAGAUCUGGAAGAAGCCAAGCAAAAUGUUGGCAAGAGAAUAGAAUACAUCACAGCUGAACUAAAAAGAAAUGAGGCUGGUAUCAAAGAUGUUGAAAAGAAGCGAGGCACCAGCCAGGAGACACUCAGCAAGUUACAGCAGCAGUAUCAGCAGUAUCAGCAGUUCCUGACGAAGGCUGCAGCUAAAGCAUAAGGAAAAAAAACACACUUGCUAAAAUCUACUAUUUGUAUUUAUUUAAAGGAUCCAGUCAUUUUUUAUUGCUAAGAGCAGAGGGGAGGCUCAGAUGGUUUUUUUAAGGGGGAACCACAUGGUUUUGGGGGGGGAUGGAGAGGGAUCAGUUGAAGCCAACAGGGUAUAAAGGGGACUAAAGCAAAUUGACUUCCAAUGAGAGGGGUGACUAGAAUGCUACAGAGCCUUAGGGGGAUCCAGUAAAUUUUAUUUUGGUAUAUCCAAAGUCCUCAGAACCCCCCCCCCCCCAACCAGGCAAUAAAGAAUGACCAGUUCCCGAGUAAAGUGAGAAAAGAAAAGGUGUUCUUGUUCUUUUACGAACACUGGUUUUGACAGUCAUAUCAUGGAGGUAGAGAUUUUUUUUAAUCAAAAAUAGUAUUUCCAAAUUUCAAUGCAAGUUUGAUGAAUCUCACAAGAUUCACUUAUGGGUGAUAAGCUGUUUGUCCGAUGAUAAUUUAUGAAUAUUCUCCUUAAGAUUUAAAACUAUAAAAAACGAUGCUCCCAGGGGGGUGUUUCACUAAAGAAAGCUGAAAACUUUGGAGCACAAGGUUAGUGCAUAAAAGGAAUUUGCGUAAAAUUGUAAAGUAGCACCAGCGUUCUGUUCAUACCAUUUACAAAUAGAUACGCCAGAAACACUUAGCGAACUCAGCCUGCGGCAACGUUUAUCAUACAUAGUCUUACAAUAAACAAAGAGUGCAAUGAUA